AAUACGAGAGAAAGAAAAAGAAAUAGAGUGAAAAAAGAAGAGGAUAAAGGAAUUAUUAGUGAAGAGAGAAACAGAAAACGAGGAAAUAUAUCUGGAGAGAAAAGUGUGUAAAUAGGAGAAAUAGCAGUGGGAGUGAGAAAGUGGCAGCAAGGAACGGUCCCCGUGAUAUCCGGUUCCCUGCCCUUGUCUUGCAUGGUAUGGUAGCCUGUCCUACAGCUCGCAACUACACGACAGGCAGAAAAGAUGGCUUUUCUCGAGUCGUGUAAUGCCAACGAGAGGGAAAGGUUUUCCCCACUUGACUUGGAGCCAGGGGAAAUUUAUUUUGAAGAAUUUGCUGUGAUUUAUUACCCACCUGCCUCGUCAGAAACUGAUGCUAUUAAUAAGCAACAACGAGGAAAAUUAAAGAUCUGCUCCAAGUCUGUAGUUUUUGAACCUAAAGAAGCCAAGUACUCAUUAUUAAAAUUUCCAUUGAAAAAUGUGAAGAAACUAGGUGAACGCCAAGCCAAGCUGUUCUCUAAGAUUGAUAUCCAAGGAAAAACCUUUUUUAUUGAAUCUAACCUAACUGUGAAGAUUAAAGAGAAGAACAUUGUGUCACCUUUUGUUUAUAUUAAGGGUGUAGAAGAACAUAUAUUUCGUUUAGUUUAUACAACAGUCAAUGCUUGUUUAUCCCAUAUUGCCCAACUGCAUCGAGCGUCAACCCUUGACAAAAUAGAACAGGCUUCAAUGAUCAAUACAAUUGUUUUAGCUCGACAAUCAAAGAUUACAUUCGACGCCUCAUGCCUCGAAGAUUUCCACGAGAAACGUUUAAUCGAGAAACAAGCUGACCGUAUUACCCCUCUAGUCACCACACCAGGACGGGUCGUCCUCACUGAUGCCAGGCUUUACUUCCAGCCAUUUAGUGCCACUGGACCGAUGUCAUCAUUGAAGAUCCAACUAAAGCACAUCCAGCAGGUCGUGAAAAGAAGGUUUCUGUUACGUCAUGUGGGUGUUGAAAUUUUGUGUACAGAAAGGGCCUCAUUAAAGCACCUAUAUUUGACCCUUAAAAACCAGUCUGAAAGAGACGAACUUUAUGAAAAUAUUAUUUCAAAUGCAGGUCUUGAUAUGGAGAGUAUGGAACAAGAAAAUGUCAUUCUAAAAUGGCAGACUGGUCUUAUAUCUAACUACGAUUAUCUGCUUUACCUGAACAGGAUGGCUGACCGAAGUUUCAAUGAUCUCACCCAGUAUCCUGUAAUGCCAUGGGUCGUUGCUGACCAUCACAGUUCAAAGUUAGAUUUGAACAAAGAGUCCACAUUUCGAGACCUUGCCAAACCAAUUGGGGCCCUAAACUCUGAAAGACUCGCAAAACUCAGAGAAAGAUAUGAUGAAAUGGCUGAACCAAAAUUCCUCUAUGGCUCCCAUUACUCAACCCCUUGCUAUGUUCUCUUCUACCUCUCCAGAGUUGCCCUGGAAUACUCUUUGUGCUUGCAUGGAGGACGUUUCGAUCAACCGGAUCGUAUGUUUAACAGUAUUGCUGAGACAUGGUACAAUUGUCUUCAUGGUGCUUCAGACUUUAAAGAAUUAAUUCCUGAAUUUUAUGAUGGAGAUGGUGAAUUCUUAUGUAACAGACAGAAUAUCAACUUUGGUGUUCGACAGAAUGGAAGAGCAGUCAGUGAUGUGGAACUGCCUCCCUGGGCAAACGGUCCAAAAGAUUUCAUUGCAAAGAUGCGGAGUGCAUUGGAGUGUGACUGGGUGUCCCGACAUCUUCAUCUUUGGAUCGAUUUGAUAUUUGGUUAUAAACAGGUCGGUUAUGAAGCCGAGGCUGCUGAUAAUGUAUUUUAUUACCUCACCUACGAAGGCUCAGUCAAUGUGGAAAACAUCGAUGACCUCAAUGAAAGAAACAGUUAUGAGACACAGAUCAUGGAAUUUGGCCAAACACCAAAACAACUUUUCACUGAGCCCCACCCUCGGCGCUACCAUAUUGAUAACCCCUAUUCGAUGCUGCCGAGCCCUAAAGAUGUACGUUUGGCCCCAUUUGGUCAAAGGUCAAAUGAAGCUGCAUCAUUUGGAGAAACUGCAAGUCCAUACAGUGGUACCAACAGCAGCCAGAGGAAGGAUUGGCAGACAUUACAGCCAAUACUGUCUCAUUCUUUACACAAAGAUUGUAUACUUGAUGUCCACCUCUCACCAGACGGCAAACAUAUUUUCUCUACUUCCAAAGACGUCCAUUUCAAAAUGUAUUCAGUGAAAGAGAAGCAUCAAGCGAGAAGCAUCAACCUUUGUAAUAUGACUCUCUCCAAAUGCAUUCCAGUCAAUGACAGUAAAAUGGUAAUUGUUAGUUCCUGGGACAACAGUAUAUAUUUCUACAGCAUUGAAUAUGGCCGUAUCCUCGACACACUCUUUGCUCAUGAAGACGCUGUCUCAUCAUUACUGCUGUCUGGCAACAAACUCAUCUCUUCAUCCUGGGAUUCUGAUGUCAAGGUGUGGCAUUAUUCCAGCUCAAUGAAUUUCCGAUUAUUUAACCAAGAUUGUUUGGGUUCCUUGGAACACGAUUCCAGUGUGUACUGCAUGGCUGCUGCGUUGGACGGUUCCUUAUUGGCGACGGGGACGAAAGAUGGUGGUGUCUGGUUGUGGCACCUCUAUGACUAUUACCUUCUCAAGCAUCACCGAUGUCACCAAGGUCGUGUGAAUUCAGUGAUCAUUAGUCCAGAUAAAACUCAGUUAUACACGUGUGGAUCCGAUGGUUACUUCAAGAUCCUUGACUCCUAUUCGGGAAUUGAAACAUUCAGUAAAAAGAUGGAUGAUGAAAUUAGAUGUAUGGGCCGCUUGGAUGCUUAUCUGAUUUUUGGUACUAAUGCUGGCAGUGUGUGUGUGUGGGAUCCAUUCAACUUCUGUCAAGUUGACUACAUACCAGAUGCCCAUCAUGGUGCCGUGACGACACUCCACGUCCAAAAUCGAAACCUUGUCACUGGCGGAGAAGACGGUCGUGUGGUAUUAUGGCAAGAAGUGACCUCCUUCUCAGCCUAUCUCUGACCAGUAGGGACCAACAACACAUCAUCAACGUCUCAUCCUGAGCAUUCCAUAAUUGGUGGGGUGGGGAGCACAGCUGCUGCUGCGCUGCAAUACCACUGCUGCUGCACUCCAAUACCACUGCUGCAGCACUCCAAUACCACUGCUGCUACAACACUCCAGUACCUCUGCUAUUGCACUCUGAUACCACUGCUGCAACACUCUAAUAACACUACUGUGACACUCAGGUGCUGCUGUUGCAACACUCCAAUACCACUGCUGCCAGGCUGCUAUGAUAUUACAAUACCACUGCUGUAACACUACCAAACUGUUAUAGUAAUGCUACGAUACCACUACAAUACUGCUGCCAUACCACUGCUAAAAAUACCGCAAUAGCACUUCUGUAACACUAGAAUGCCACAUUUACAACACUGACAACCAUAAAACUGCAAUGUUACAAGCACACCAUUAUGAUAUCAAGUUUCCCAUCUUAAUGCUGUUGCUAUGACCACUUUGACAUCAGCUCCUACCCCCACCUCUCUCCCACAUCUGUGAUUAAUUACUUUAAUUAAAAUAAAAAAGUUAUUCUAUUCUUUAAA